AUGGAGACACCGUGUGCAUCUCUGCACAACACUGUGCCUGACCAGUCACACGCUCCCCAUGGUAAGUACGAGGAGUUGGCUCAGUUAACCUCUAAAAGGCGACCCUACUGUGAAAGAAACUACAGAGGAGAUGGUGGGGUGCCUGACAACUUUGGGUUACCUUUUACUUCUCCUUGUGUCUCAUCGACUGAAUCCCGCAUUCUGAAAUUUGUUGUUGCCGUAUUUCGUCAUGGCGAUCGAUCCCCCAUUGAGUCGUUUCCCAUGGACCCUCACGGUGAGGAAGUGUGGGCACAAGGCUUCGGGCAGCUAACUGAGUUGGGGAUGAGACAGCAGUUUGACUUCGGCAGGUUUCUAAAGAGACGCUAUGGACACUUCCUCAGUGAAGACUACAACAGCAAAGAGGUGUACGUGCGGAGUACAGACUAUGACCGCACUCUAAUGAGUGCCCAGGCUAACCUGGCUGGGCUGUUCCCCCCAAACAGACGCCCCCCUCCCCUCAUGCCCCAGUUACCAUGGCGGCCCAUUCCAGUGCACACUGUCACCAGAGCACAGGAUAAGGUAGGCGGGCGCAGGGCUCUAAACCUGCGACCAAAUAUUUUCCUGUGCAACAAGGACUUUUAUUUUGGGAGCACUGAGCGACUACGAAAGCAUCUAGCAAAAAAGACAGGCCGAGGAACGGUAACGUAUGGCGGAUGGUUGGAAUUCGCGGCGAGUAGUGCGGACGAAGUGGAGGAAAUUGAGACAAGGUUGGAGAAGCAACAGCUGUGCUGGGAUGCGAUCAAUAUGGGUGACCGUUCUGAUGAUAUGGAGCGGGAGGAUGAGGGUCAAGGAUCUGAAUGGUCUGUAGAGGAAAGACAUAGGAAGAACAGAGAUCAUAAGACUGAAAGUAGUGGAGCGUCUAGUCUGCAAAGCGUAAAGAGGGCCAAGCUGUUGAAGUCCCCAAGCAAACACUGCCCCAGGUUUAGAGAGCUGAUGGGGGAGACGUUUGACAGCGAACACUACCGGAGAGUUCUCAAGUCUCACCAGCGAUUUAUACAGGAGCUCUCCAACCACACUGGGUAUCCUGUGUCUAGGCUGCUGGGCAGGAAUUCCAUAUGGAGGGUCUACGACACUCUCUCCUGUCAGAGGAAUCACAACCUGACCACCCCUGGCUGGGCCACACAGGAAGUACUCAACACUCUACAGGAAAUAUCCUCCUUUGAGGUCAUGUUCAGCGUCGUCACUCACAAGAGAAAGGAAAAGGCCAGGCUCUCAGGAGGGGUUCUGUUGAAUGCCAUCCUGAGGAAUUUCUCCAAGGCAAUGGAGCAAGGGAGCACGCUCAAGUUCAUCAUGUAUUCAGCACAUGACUCCACCCUCAUCACUCUCCAGGCUGCCCUAGACGUGUACAAUGGUCUUCUUCCUCCUUAUGCUGCCUGUCAGCUCUUUGAGUUCUACCAAGAGGAUGAUGGGUCCUAUUCUCUUGACUUGUAUUACCGUAAUGACUCAUCCCGUGAUCCCUACCGGACCCCUGUGCCUGGCUGUGAGACAACUCCGUGCCCUCUGACCUCAUUCACUGACCUGGUUAAAGAUGUCAUCUCAACGGACUGGGACGCCGAGUGUGGGCUCAAACCAUCAUGGUCCAACACAGGUGUCAUUGCGGCGCUUGCAGUGGCAGUUGCUAUCCUGACAAUGGCGCUGUUGGCCAGCAUAGCUGUGUUAAUUCACCAGAGGAGAAACCUGUACUCCAGGGAGGGGUAGUCUGGCUCUCCAGGCUUGAAUAAGUCUUCCUAAAACAUCCUGGAGGCAUUUGGAGAGGACAGGGCAAUACAUCUAUACUUAUAGGCCUACUAUGAGAUUAAAAAUGGAAAUAAUCCAUACAAUGACCUUGUGAAUUUUGUUCUCUUGUGAUCCAUUGUACUUUUUUUGUUUUGUAUUGUAUUGAGUUCCUAUUGGAUUUUGUUCUAUUUAGCAGAAUGUCAAGUCAUCUUAGGUCUUGGUUGAGUGAUUUGGCUUUUAUAAUAUUUAGAAAAUGAUUGAAUUAGUUGUCUCCUUGACUUUUUCCACAUUUUGUUGUCUUACAGCCUGAAUUUAAAAUGGAUUACAUUAUGAUUUUAUUGUCACACACAAUAAUACCCCAUAAUGUCAAUGUGGAAUUAUGUUUUACAUUUUUUUUUAACGGAUUAAUUAAAACUGAAAAGCUGAAACGUCUUGAG